GGAAGCCCCGCCCCAUCCGGUUCUUCUGUCCAAUGAAAACGCGCGAUGCACCAUGAUGGGACGUCACGCACUCUGGCGUCGUGUCGGGAUUGGAAUGUAACAGCGUAACAAUCGGAACAACUGAGCAAUAGAGGAAACCUCGCUUCCCACACCGGUGUCCCGAUGAAGAGGAAAUCCACUUCUCGCGUGUGUGAAGGUCCACGGAGAGCACGGGAAUAAGAGAAAUGCAGGGAUUCGUGAGGUUACCGUGAACUGUCCUGUGUCCACUUGCACUUUACGUUAACGUUUCGGAGAUACAUGGAGUUAAGCUGUGGAUCGGUUUAAUAUGGACGUCUAGUUAUCGGAUACAAACCUCAAUCGCUGUAUUAAAUACCACUUUACGUUUUUCCAAUGGGACUCGCUGCUCUUCAAAGACAAACUCUAUGAGUCGGCGUCGCCGCAACUCUCCAGCGCGAGUCGGACCGUACGACGCAUUUCUCCAAUGUCGUAAAAUGUUGCAGGUAGACAGACGAGGGAGAGCGAGGAAACCGGUGUAAAAUCGCCCACAUGCGUUGGAUCGGACGCUUGCUGAUCGGUGAUCGGAAUCUGAAGAAGAGGAAAGACGUGAGUUGUAAAUCCUCGCAGGCUGGAAGAUGGCGGAGCAGCACUAUAGCUGGAGGAGGUGUUUGUGAGAGAAAAACUUCCCACCGCUUGAGAUUUAUUUCCAAACACCGCGAUCUGGCCUUCAGGACACAUGCAGGCCAAAAAACGAUAUCUUAUCUCGCUCUUGACCGGCGCCUUUCUAGUUCUGCUCUUUUACUUUGGAGGAGGUGGUGUCCCGGCGGCCACGGGCUCCAGGAGCCGGCAUGAGCGCAGCCGCAAUGGAUACAAUCGUCCCGAUCAACCGUGGCCACACUUCUCGGAUCCCUUACAACACUUCAGCCCGGGCGAUCUUUCCGACACGGAGGAAUAUAACGUUCACGUGUCGCCCCGUCAAAAGCGAGACGUCAACUCGAGCGUUUACAAGGGCAAGAGGUGUCGCAUGCAGUCAUGUUUUGAUUUCUCUCUCUGUCAGAGACACGGGUUCAAAGUGUACGUGUACCCACAGCAGAAAGGCGAGAAGAUCUCGGAAAGUUAUCAGAACAUUUUAUCCACAAUCGAGGGCUCGACGUUUUACACAUCGGACCCUAGUCAAGCGUGUCUGUUUAUCCUAAGCCUGGACACCCUUGACCGAGACCAGUUGUCUCCACAAUAUGUGCACAAUCUUAAAACCAAGGUGCAGAGCUUGCCCCUGUGGAACAAUGGUAGAAAUCACCUCAUAUUUAAUUUGUAUUCAGGCACAUGGCCCGACUACACGGAAGACUUGGGCUUUGACAUCGGCCAAGCCAUGCUGGCCAAAGCGAGCAUCAGCACGGAGAACUUCAGACCCAAUUUUGAUGUCUCCAUCCCGCUGUUCUCCAAGGAUCACCCGAGGACCGGUGGGGAGAGGGGCUUCUUAAAAUACAACACCAUUCCACCUUUUAGAAAAUAUAUGCUGGUUUUUAAAGGGAAACGCUAUCUGACCGGUAUCGGUUCGGACACGAGGAAUGCCUUACAUCAUGUUCAUAACGCGGAGGAUGUAGUUCUUCUCACCACCUGCAAACAUGGCAAAGACUGGCAGAAACACAAGGACGCACGAUGUGAUAAGGACAACGCCGAGUAUGACAAGUAUGACUACCGUGAAAUGCUGCACAAUUCCACCUUCUGCCUGGUGCCGCGAGGACGACGACUGGGUUCCUUUCGCUUCCUGGAGGCUCUGCAGGCGGCUUGUGUACCGGUUAUGUUGAGUAAUGGUUGGGAACUCCCGUUCUCUGAGGUCAUCGACUGGAACACAGCCGCUGUAAUCGGGGACGAAAGGCUUCUGCUACAGAUCCCAUCCACGGUGCGCUCCAUUCAUCAGGAUAAGAUUCUGGCUCUACGACAGCAGACGCAGUUCUUGUGGGAGGCUUACUUCUCCUCUGUGGAAAAGAUUGUGUUCACUACUUUAGAAAUCAUUCAGGACCGAGUACUUCAGCAGACUUCCAGGAGCAAUCUGAUGUGGAACAGUCAUCCCGGUGGUCUUUUUACACUGCCCAUGUACUCCUCUUAUCUGGGCGACUUCCCUUUCCACUAUGCUGAACUUGGGAUCAAGCCGAAUUCCAAGUUCACGGCUGUAAUCCAUGCUGUCACCCCUCUGGUUUCUCAAUCUCAACCCAUUCUUAAGCUCCUCGUCUCAGUGGCCAAGUCCCAGUAUUGUGCUCAGAUUAUUGUAUUGUGGAAUUGUGACAAGCCUUUACCUGCCAAACAUCGAUGGCCAGCCACCUCAAUGCCCAUUAUUGUAAUCGAAGGAGAGAACAAGGUCAUGAGCAGCAGGUUUCAACCCUAUGACAGUAUCAUAACUGAUGCAGUAUUGAGUUUGGACGAGGACACGGUGUUGUCAACCACUGAGGUGGACUUUGCUUUCACGGUGUGGCAGAGUUUUCCAAAUAGGAUUGUGGGAUAUCCCGCCCGCAGUCAUUUCUGGGACAAUAAUAAGGAGCGUUGGGGCUACACCUCCAAAUGGACCAAUGACUACUCCAUGGUUCUCACUGGGGCUGCCAUUUAUCACAGAUAUUACCACUUCCUAUAUACCAAUUUCCUACCAAAUAGCCUGAAGAGCAUGGUGGACCAGCUGGCCAACUGUGAGGACAUCCUCAUGAACUUCUUGGUGUCCGCCGUUACCAAGCUGCCACCCAUUAAGGUCACACAGAAGAAACAGUACAAGGAGACCAUGAUGGGUCAGUCAUCUCGAGCUUCUCGUUGGGCAGACCCGGACCACUUCGCCCAGCGUCAGACCUGCAUGAACAAGUUCGCCAGCUGGUUUGGCGGCAUGCCUCUGGUUCACUCGCAAAUGAGAUUGGACCCCGUUCUGUUCAAGGACCAAGUCUCCAUCCUCCGCAAGAAAUACAGGGAAAUAGAGCGACUCUGACCAGACUGGCGCCCCUUGUCGGACAUUCAACAGGGGGCCGGGAGAGACUCGCUGGAGCAAAGUAGGACCACGGCGCAAGAGCCCACGGUCAGAGGUUUGGCUCGGUUAUCCCUUCAGCACACAGCAAAGGAUAAAGACACCAGGAUGUGAAGGCCUCUGUGGACCAUCAAACAUGUAGUACACCAUUACACACUUUUAACCACAAGACUUACAUUUUUUGCUUUGGUAUUGGAUCCCAGAGAUUUAUGAUCUUUCCCAGCACCUGAGCAAGCUGUUGGAAGACAGGAGGGACGCUUCAUUGUGUUGCACUUCAUCUUCAUCAUGUCACAUCCGGAUCCAUCAAUCUUUCCACAUUCGAUGUUAGCCUAAAUGCCUGCUCCGUCGUAAAUGUCUUAAGGGGUCAUUGUUAAACUUUUUCUUCGUUUUAAGGUAUUAGGGGGAUCUUUUAUGUCGCAAUUAUGGAUUGGCUUUAUAAUAACAUCAUUUAUUUACAGUGAAACUGCUUUUGUAAGCUCAGACGUGGUUUAAUUUAGCCGUACAAGUAUACCAAUAUGAAAAAAAUAAGGCGUUUGAAAUGACCCCGGUUGUUCCUAACAACCACCUUUUAAUGAGGGCCGCAUUAAACACCCUGCAGUAUUUUUUUUAGGUUUUUAAAAUGGUGCCAAGAAUUUAUUAAUUGCAUUUUAAGUGGCAUGUCAAGCCCUUUAAAGAAAUGUAUUAGAAUUCCCUAAAUCCUCACAUUAUUAACAGCCAAGCUCGGAAAAAUGUUUGUCACAGUCAAAGGCAGUGCCUGGAGAGCUUACCUUGCAGGAACACCAUCUGUUUAAGUGAAAAAACUUGAGCGUAAGCUCUUUAAAAAGUUCAGAUUCAGAAGCUCUUGACAUAACUGCACUACAGGUUGAGUCGCAGGUCCUAAUUUAGUACACUUGUCUCUCGCCUCCUCUAUCUUCACUGUCCACUUGAAAAAUAAGCUGUCCGUCAAAGUUUAACGGCACUGCCUUAUUGUUGGUCUCCUAUACAAAUUUGUCCCUCACUUUACUUAGAAAGUGUCUAGUGUAUACUUCCUUACUAUCAACAUCUUAUUGAUUUUAUAUCAAGCCCACCCCUUCAGUGUUCUGUAUGUUUUCAAGAGCAGAGACUAUGGGGAGCAUUUUAUCAAUCUCUGCUCACAGGUACUUGAAUGUCUGAUGACUUGAAGGGUUUCUGUGCUUUAGUGGCCUUUUCGUGAAGGUGACUGGACUUAAAAUGUGCCAGCUGUGAGCCAAAGCCUUUAUUUUUCCCUUUUUAAUGCAUUGGAUUUGUCAUCAUAGUACACUACAUGUUGUUUCCUCUUAUGUGGUUGUGGUCAACUGGAGCAAAAAUUAAAAGUCAUAUCUGACACCUGAAUGUUUAGGAAACCUGGCUGCAGACUUCAGUUGUGUCAUAUAUCAUUUUACAAAUGUCUUACAUUUUUUAAUAAACUAUUUGAAAUAUGACAUCAUAUUGCCACACUGCAAAAAUGAUUUUUAAGAAAAAAAAUUCUUAAUAUUUUUGUCUUGUUUUGAGUAAAAAUAUCAAAAAAUUCUUAAAUUAAGAUGCUUUUUCUUGAUGAGCAAAACGACCCAAGAAAAUAAGUCUAGUUUUUAGACCAAAAAUAUUAAUUUUGUGCAUAAAACAAGCAAAAAAAAUCUGCCAAUGGGAUAAUCAAAUUUUUCUUGAAUUUAUCUUGAAUUUAGUGUUUAAGAAAAAAAAUUUUUUGCUUACCCCAUUGGCAGAUUUUUUUGGCUUGUUUUAUGCACAAAAUCACUUAAAUUUGAUAUUUUUGUUCUAAAAACUAGACUUAUUUUCUUGGGUCGUUCUCAAUUUAAGAAUUUGAAUAUAUUUUUACUGAAAACAAGACAAAAGUACUAAGAAUUUUUUUCUUGAAAAUAAUUUUUUGCAGUGUAUACAGUAACACUCAUGUUUCACUUGUGGUUUUAUAGCUAAAUGAUCAAAUAAAUGCUAUCGUAAUGUUAAAUACUAUCAAAUAGUCUCUAAAUGCGACAGCUGUAGUUGCAUAAAAUAUGCAUCAGUAAUUAUUUUAAGUUUUUAAAACACGCUAACACAAAUGGCCCACAUCUGGUUAAGUUUUAAGUUCAGCAGACUUUAUAUCAAGCAUUUAUAUCUAUGAUUGUUCUCCUUGUCAUAUCACAGAAUAAACUGGCCUCGCACAAUUUCAAUGGCCAAAUCAAACCUUACCACUGUACAUAAUGUUUGUUUAUAAAAAUGGAUCUACACAAUUAGCUAUUUAAUGUGUCUGAAACUGGAGAUUAUUUUUAUGGGAUAAUUAAUGGCUGCAUCAGAUGUUUUAUUUUAUUUUUUAUUUUUAGAGCCCUAGCUAAUGUUGUUUUUAGGGCAUGUGAUGUGCUCAACACUACCCAGACGUGUCCAAGGCCCUUGUUAAUGUGGAUAACGUGUAUAGACGACGCACAAUAAUGUGUGUUUUGAAUCGUGUCAUUAUGCCAGUGUUAUUUUAAUUACCCAGCUUGAUAUGACAAAGCCAUUCAUUUAAAUUGGCCUCUGUUGAAUACUGCUGCUACCAUAGCAUAUUUGCAAAAUCACCAAAGAAUCUUGGUAAAUUUAAACUCAUUGCUGUUUUGUCUUUAGUACUUGGGUUCUUUUAUGGUUUUAUGCUGGCUUUUGUAAGAUUAUCUCAUCCCAUUGUGAGUAAAAUGAUACACAGACACGAGGCCUGUAUGAUUCUAAUGCAUUUGUGUCUGCUUUAUCUGCGCUCACAUUGCUCUCUGUUAUUAGCAAUAAGCAAUCAUUACGUUUGAAACACUCACUGAUUUGUCUCUAAUUGUGCCUUUAAUUGAUUUGUGAGUUUGUUUCCCCCGGCUGUCAAAAAAGGGCGAUAAUGUUGUUGUGUCAUCUGCCAGAUGCCACUUUAUCAUACACUAAAGUUUCACAUCAUGCAUUAAACACUCACCUGUAUUCCUCAGAUUAGGCUGUUAACCGACUUGCAUGACCACUUUAGGCUAUUUAUGAGUAAAUGCUGUUGUUUAUUUGGCUCCCUCCUGUUCUGACCCUUCAUUCAUGUAAUUAACAGAUGACUUUUAUAGAGGUAAUAAAGAAAUUGCAAAAUGCCAAUUUUGUAUGAAUGAUUUAUAAAAAAAUAAAGUCAUAUUUGAUGCUAUAAA